GUCACACACCCAGCUCCCAGACUUCAAGAUCCCCAUCCCACACCUCUUCCACUCCUUCAACACACUCUCCACAUCUCUUCACGACCUCUCUUUGCGCGUCACCCGCACCUCAGCCAACCCUACCCUAUUCCACACCCACCCAUCUGCGCCCUGGCGCAGACUUGAAAGUCAACCUCCGCCUGGCCUCCCUCACUCAACUCGCAGUCGUCUGAUACCGACGCGACCCUAGCUUCUGGGUUCACGCUCGUAACCUCGAUAGAAUCAACACCGCCGCACAGGACAUGGCUCAGCCCCCAUCCGACACAAUGCAGCAACAACAUCAACAGCCCUUCCAUGGGCAAUCUACCGGCCAGCAAGCCCAGUCGGCGACUAACGGCACCCAACCACCAUGGGGCACGCCGUACCCGGCUCUUCACCUUUGGCCGGUCCAGGACACCUUUCAGAUGAAGAUGAUCCACCUCCCUACCGGUCAGCGCGUCAAAAUCGGUCGUCAGACCAACAACAAGACCGUGCCGGGCGAGAGAAAUGCGUACUUUGACUCCAAAGUCCUCUCGAGGACGCAUGCCGAGAUCUGGGAGCAGGGGGGCAAGAUCUUCAUCAAGGACGUCAAGUCGUCAAACGGCACCUUCAUCAACGGCCACCGACUCUCCCCGGAGGGAGUCGAGAGCGAGCCAUUUGAGCUGAAGAGCGAGGACAUGGUGGAGUUUGGUAUCGACAUCAACAGCGAGGACAACCGCACCAUUAUCCACCACAAAGUCUCUGCCAAGGCAUAUUGUGUCUUCACCCCGGAAGAUGCCCAAUCGAGUGCACGCGAGCUGGCUACUUACGGCGGCACCAAUGGUGACCCUCGAAACGGACUACGCCGCGCUCCUGCCAGCUCGAUGGCUCAAGGCAGCGGUGCCAACUCCAUGAGCCUCAUGGGGCAACCUUUGAUGAGUGCUGGGGGGAAGCCCAACGGCCUGAGCUUUGACCAUGUACUCCAGAAGCUCCAGAACGAGCUUCAUAGGAGCAAGGAGACAACCCAAGAGCUGCAAGGCUUGAACUGGUCCAUGACCGAUGUCCAGGACACAUUGGGGGGCGGACUUGCUCCAGGACAGAACGGAUCAGCUGCGCAGUAUAUCCCAGCUCAGUUCCGAAACCCAUCAGCAGAAGCGCAGGCUGCGCUUGCCGGUCCCCACGGACCGCAAGCGGCUGCCUUCAUUUCGCUUCAAACCCAGAUGACAGAUACCCAGUCAUCAUUGUCAAGUCAUUUGGACAGGAUUCGCCAGCUCGAAGGCCAGCUUCAGCAGCAAGACGCUCUCAAGCAUGACAUUGCUACUAUUCGCGAGCAGAUGGAGGCCAGCAAGUUGGAGGUUGAGGCACUUUUGGUGUCCGCCACACGGCACAACAGCCGCAACCAGCGAGCCAUCGAUGAUGAGUAUGAUGACGAUGACGACGAUGCCCGCAGCGUUGCGACGGUCGUUCCCGACGACGAUAGCCAUUUGGAUGGCGACAAGGGCAGUAACGGCAGCAAGGUCGCCCGCAAGACAGCAGCCCCCACCACGGGCGAACCUUCGGCAUCCAGCGACGAGCUCGCCGCACGCAUCCAGUCUCUCACUUCCGAUAUGGCCGAGGCUGUUCAGCUUUCGCGAUCACUGCAUGCCCAGCACACAGAAGCUAUGGCGGCUGUUAAACAUCUCACAGAUCGUGUGGGUGAUUUGGAAAACGGCAUCGCCGACCGUGUGGCCGCCGCUGUCGUCCAAGCAGAAGGCCGAUGGGAAGCGUGGCGCUCCAAGUUCGAAGAACGAUGGAGCAAGGAGCGGGAUGGCUGGGAAGCCGAACGCGAGCGACUGAGAGGUAUCGUUCGAGACUGGGAGGAAGCCAGUCGACGGGCAGUGGAAGAGGACGAGGACAGAGAGAUGAACCAGCAUCUCAGCGAGGACGAACUGGUCGACGAAGAGGAGGAAGAAGAGAUUGGCCAGGACGACAUUGAGGCUGGUGAGCUUCUUACGAUCCACAACCGCUGGCCCAAUGGUCGGACACUCGAGUCUGGUGAGCAGGCCCUCGACAUUGGCGAGACCGCCCCGUUGAGGUCACCAGGCAAGCCUCGCCGACGUCGCCCCAGCACCAAGACAUCUUUGGCUGUCCGUGGCCUCCGCUCAGUAGCGAGCGUUGCUGGUGCUUCGACGCCCAAGGCCCCGGAGAUCGACUCGCCUCCUUCUGAUGCACCCCCUCGACCACGUCAACUUCGUGGCGGUGCAUUGAGCCGCGUCAAGAAGCUCUCUGGUCGCGAUAAGUUCCGCUCCUCUUCACCCGGUGUGGACAAGGAGUCUUCUGAAAGCGGCCGAGAGUCCGCAGACACUCUGCGAGGAGACAAGGAGAACCCCGGAGAGCACAAAGUGGACAAUCACGCACACACAAUCCCCCCACAGGCAAGUCUUCCAACUAUUCCCCUUGCCACUGUUAUCAUUGUCGCCGCUGUCGCAGGCCUGAUCUACUAUCGUCACAAGGACUGAAGGGGCCGGGAGAGGUAUCAUGGAUACGCAAACUGUACAAUACCAAACGCACCAUGCAGACGUCACGACACGAAUGGAUAUCCGGGC